AUCAAAUUAAAACAAUUAAUUAAUUAAUUCUCAAUUUCCCUCCAAUAAUUCUUAAUUAAUUACCUUCUUGUAAUGGCUUUUAGAGGAUCUAAAGCAUGUUUAGUACUCCUAAUCCUAGCAAUGGCAUCAACAUGGAAUGGAGUAAAAGCACAAUCAGGAACCAACAGUUGCACAACUGUGCUACUAACAAUGGCUUCUUGCCUUAACUUCAUCACCGGAAACUCCUCUUCGCCGGCGUCUUCAUGUUGCUCCGCCCUUUCCAGCGUUGUUCAAUCACAGCCUCAGUGCCUUUGCGCCGCUCUGAACAGUGGUGCCGCCGCCUCGUUGGGUGUUGCGAUUAACCAAACUCGAGCUCUAGGCCUCCCUAAUGCUUGUAAUGUGCAAACUCCGUCUGUUAGUCAAUGCAACACUUCUGGAUCAGGUGGUCCUUCAACUUCAGGUGCAGCUCCAGUUGCAGACUCUCCAGCAGGAGUACCAGAUGAAGAACCUGCUCAAGGUCCAUCAUCCAAUUUCCCCUCAGGAUCUGGAUCCAAGACUACACCAUCUACUGAAGAAUCAAAUGGAAGCACAAUUAAAUCUUCCCUUCAUCUGCUGGCUUUUAUAUUCUCAAUUGUGUCUUGUACUUCAGCUUUAGCCAUGUUUUGAGUAAUUUUGUAGCAUCCUUUGGCUUCUUGUUAAUUUGUUAUAGGGAUGUUUAUAUAUUUUGUAUGUGAUUGUAAUUUAUUUUUCCAUUAGUCAAUGAUUGUAGAAUGACUUUUGGAACCAUUUUGGGCUUCCUUGUCUUUGGAUUAGUGGAGCAGUUUGUGUUA